AUGGCAGCCGAACAAGAUGACACUAGUUGUCCUGAACCAACAGAUGUCUCAGAUCAGCUUUCUAUUGCUGUCCCACCGGACGCAGAGAUAGAAAGUUAUAGUCCAGUAAUCCUGGACCCCAAUUUUAGCCACAAAGUUGGCAACAUAACGAGCAAAUCGCUCACCCAAGGUCAUAACAAUGACACCACUUGUUUAUCAGAAAACAACAAUGCCAAUGGCGGAAAGAACCUUUCCGAAGUUGAACCCCAGCCUAGCCAGGAUAGUGCAGAGCACUUACCGUUUGAUCCUGUGGCUGAACUCCUAGUUGGGAGCCUUCUACGGUAUUUAAAGAAUUUUUAGAGACAAAUUUUUGUCCCAGUCUCUCCUCAUCACAAAUCUUUAGUAUUUUGGAAGAAACGUCUCUUCCUGAUUUAGAUGUGUUUACAACGCCAAAACUUGAUAAACCUAUCGCGGAUCAAAUUCCAAAAAAUUAUAAAAUGUCGGUUGAAAACUGUGAUAAAGAACUGAUAAAAGUUCAGAGACAUGUCCUAAACGUGAGGGCUCCAUUGACAGCCCUCUAUGAUCUGCUAGAAAGCAAACAAGAAUUAUCACAUGAUCAAAUGUUAAGCCUUGUUGAACAGGCCAUUUGUUUGCUAGGGAAUGCAGCAAAUUCCCUUUCGGUAUUGCGUAGAACUAAGAUUCUAUACGCUAUAAAUCUGGCAAAGAUUUCGCUUGCAGAAGCCCCUUUUGCAAAUGCAGGAAAGCAGUUGUUUGGCAAGGACAUUACGAAAAUAGCAGCUGAUAGAGCUGACAUUGUUAGAAAUCUACAAAAAAACUAA